CAGCUGGAUCCUUUGGGGGAACAACUUGUGUACGUAGCUGUCCUGUUCAAGUCAAGACGCCAAGUUGACUUCAAACCACCACGGUCUUAAGCCAUUUUCUGUGAAACUUCCUGCCAUUUUCUGUGUAUAUAUCAUUACUCUUUUGAAAAUAAAUUAACACAUACUCCGUGUGAUUGCGAUGGUCAAAUCCAAUACAAAACACGAUAACUUUUUCCCGGAUUCAAUCCGAUUCAUGCUAACACUUUGCUAAUUCAGCGUGUCAAAAAUCUUGACCAAGACUUGCAAAAGUCGCAAGCUUUCGUGUAUAUAUACGAUCAAUGUAUACAAAUAUCACAAUCAGAUCAGAAUUAAGACCCAGAAACCCAAAACUCAAAGACCUGUCCUACUGGUUUUGGUUCUCAGGAGUUUUGUGUCAAAUUCAAUGGGAGGAGGGAUGGACGCAGAGAUGUUGCCAAUAGACUGUGUGUCCACAAUUCUGUCGAACACCUCUCCAUCAGACGCAUGCAGAUCUUCAAUGGUGUCAUCCACCUUUCGUUCUGCGGCAGGGUCAGAUGUUGUAUGGAAGAGGUUUUUGCCGGCUGAUUAUAGGGAUCUGGUCUCAAGGUUGGUCACCCCUUUGACGUUUUCUGCAAUGAAGGAGCUUUUUCUUCUUCUCUGCAAUCCGGUUCUCAUAGACGGUGGCAAAAAGAGCUUUAAGUUAGACAAAUCAUCUGGCAAAAUAUCCUAUAUGCUGUCUGCAAGAGAACUUUCCAUAACAUGGAGCGACGAACCCUUGUGUUGGAGCUGGAGAUCUGUCUCAGAAUCAAGGUUCUCGGAAGUGGCUGAGCUCAGAACAACAAGCUGGUUAGAAAUUCAUGGACAAAUCAGAACUCAAAGUCUGUCACCAAACACAACAUAUGGUGCUUAUCUUGUAUUGAAAACCUAUGAUCGUGCAUAUGGGCUGGAUUCAAUACCAUCUGAAAUAUCAGUCUCAGUUGGGAACAGGCUAUUCAAUGGCACAGCAUAUCUAACCCGUGGGGAUCACAAGAAACAGCAAAUGGAGUGCCUAUUUUAUAAGAACCGCAUCGAAAUGUUGAGAAAGAGAGUAGGAGAGGGAGACGGACGAGUCCCAUGUAAAAGAGAAGAUGGAUGGAUGGAGAUAGAGCUGGGCGAGUUCUUUAGUGGUGAUGCUUCAGAGGAGGUGAAGAUGAGUUUGAUGGAGGUUAAGGGGCAUCAAUUGAAAGGAGGACUAGUCAUUGAAGGAAUUGAAGUAAGGCCUAAAGAGUAAUGAAAUAUUGUUAAUUUGCUUUGAAGUGAGGGAGAUAAAAGAGAGAAGUACAAAGGGCAUAAUACAAAGGUGUUAGCUUUU